UUGGAAGACAUAUAACUAAUUACAUUACAUACUUUGGUGCUAUAUAAAUAUUAAUACUUUAAAUUUUGUACUUUUCUGAUUAUAUUCUUACUAAAUCACUACACUAUUUAGGUAGAACAUCACUAUUUUUUUGCGGAAAGUUUAAUUUUGAGGUUAGAGGUAAAGUUGGAAACAUGUAUUUUACUAAUGUUAUAUAAUAUAGUAUAAUAAAAUUACGAAUUUAUUACUUUAACAAUAUCUUUUGUACGCCAAAUAUAUUUUCUUAAAUUAUUUUUGUGUCUGGGGAUUUUAAAAACUAACCUACACGUUUAAAACAUGAUUAUUUGGUAAUGGGAGUUAGAAGGUUCUUUUCAAAAGCAUAUAAAAGUUACAAACAAGCAGCAGAUGAUGCAUUUAAUCGCAAGAAUUUAUUUUACACCAAUGUCCUUCUAUCUAUUGGCAUAUCUACAACAGGAGACUUUUUAGAACAGAGCUAUGAGUUGUACACAAAAGAUUCAGAAACAUAUGACUAUGGGCGCACUGUUCAAAUGGGUGUUUCUGGCCUCAGUGCUGGUAUCAUAUGCCACAACUGGUACAGAAUUCUCGACAGAGUAAUAAUAAUAUAAUGCAAGCACUCGGAAUAACGUGGAGAAAACUGGCGACUAAUGUACGAAACUCGGCACCUCUAUCAAAAUUCAAAAAUGUUGUGAGAAUAGCAUUUAGUGAUAAAUUUUUAUUUUAUACAAAUAUUACCAUAUCAGUAAGUUUAUCUUCAUUAGGUGACUUUUUAGAGCAACACUAUGAAAUAUACAUUAAAGAACAGGACAAGUUUGAUUUAAAACGGACUAGUCAUAUGGCAUUCUCUGGUGCAGCAGUGGGUGUUCUGUGUCACCAUUGGUACAAAGUGCUUGACAGGUUUAUUAUAGGAAAAACUUUAGACAUGGUUGCAAAGAAACUAUUCCUUGACCAAAUGAUUUUUUCGCCAGUCAUGAUAGUGACGUUUUUUGGAAGUGUUGCGUUGUUUGAAGAAAAUCCAUUGGAGAAUUUUAAAGAAGAAGUAAGAGACAAGUUUGUGACAUUGUACCGAGCAGAGUGGAUGGUGUGGCCACCUGCGCAAAUCAUCAACUUCUACUUCCUGCCAACUAGAUAUAGAGUGUUGUACGACAAUACAAUAUCCCUAGGCUAUGAUAUCUACACAUCUCAAGUUAAACAUAACAAAAGUUUAAAAAGUACGCCUGAUGCCACAGGGAAUGGGAUCAAAUCUUGACGAAUGUUGCAAAUUCGAAUACCUCAUAAUCGUAAUUACUUAAUAGGAUAACACGUAUGAACUGAAAGUCAUAACAUUGUCGAAACAACAUACAUAUUGUAUGAUUAAAUACGGAUUUGAUCUGUAGAACGUCAAUUUUACCUUCACAUUAAGCUGUGCUGUGAUAUUUCUAUAGAUAGCAAAUAUUGAAUAUAAUUUAUUAUUAUUUUACAAAAUAUUAUUUUUGUUUGUUUACUAUAAUGCCGAAGAUUUACAAAGCUCAAGCAUAGAGUUAAAUAAAACAUUUUAUUAAAUAA